CGGGGACAUCCGCACCAAUGUGGAUGCUCUGGCAGCUGAAGGCGUGGACAGCGGUGGUGAUUAAUACUGAUGUCAUUGUUUUGGAUUGACAUUCGCGAACUCGCUGAAAUCCAAACUAUGGCUACCUCGAAGAAAGUUAUAACCAGAGUAGAAUGGGAGAAAAAACUUAACGAUGUUAGAGUUAGAAAAGACAAUAUGAAUGAAUUGGUUAUGAACUUUAUUGUUGCUGAAAAUUUUCGACUUGAAUCUGGGACAGAGCCAGAGAUAGAUCUUGCAACCAUUACCGAUCGUAUGGCAGUUAAGAAAGCUGUGCAGAGGGGUAAUGUGGAGGAUGCUAUUGAGAAGGUUAACAAUUUGAACCCUGAGAUAUUGGAUACAAAUCCCCUCCUCUUUUUUCAUCUCCAACAGCAGCGAAUGAUAGAGUUGAUCCGGAAUGGGAAGGUUGAGGCAGCUUUAGAAUUUGCCCAAGAGGAACUUGCCCCCAGAGGAGAGGAAAAUCAAAGCUUUUUGGAGGAGUUGGAAAGGACCGUUGCAUUGCUUGCUUUUGAAGAUGUGGCCAACUGUCCUGUUAGUGAGCUGCUGGAUAUAUCCCAACGGCUGAAGACCGCCACUGAGGUCAAUGCAGCUAUCCUUACCAGUCAAAAUCACGAAAAAGAUCCAAAGCUGCCGAGCUUACUGAAAAUGUUGAUAUGGGUGCAAAACCAGCUAGACAAGAAAGCCUCUUAUCCUCGAAUAAACGACAUAUCUGCUGCAGCUUUGGAAGAUUCAGUUGUUUGAUGUACAUUUGGUGUGGUUACAUGGAAGCGGAGAGGUUAUUUCAUAGGGAUUGAAUGAUGAUUGUGUGGUCAUUAGCUCAUGUAUAUUCUACUAUGGUUUCUUGUAUUAACUUCACCCUCUGUUCUCAAAGAAAUAUGUGUAAUGUUAAGAACAACUAGUAUUAUCACCUGUGCUAUGCACGGGUCCUAUAAUUUAUACGUACUAAUUACACAUUUACCAUAA